AUGUGUGAGUGUCCGUGCACGAGCAGUUGCCCGUGUCCAAACAACCCAAAACCUCCAUUUCACACAACCUCUUCAUGCUCCAUCAUGCUCCCCCCACCACUACCAACAAGCCACAGCCUCCCGACCACCGCCCGUCUUCGACGCUACACAUGCCGUCAACCUCAACGCUAA